UGACCACCAGCAGCACUCUGUGCGUCACGGCCGCGCGCGCUCCGGACUCUCCACUGCGCGUGCCAGCUGUCAUACCAGCGCGUGAGCUCCGUCCGGUCCACAGCGCGGAGGACCCACUGUGAUCACUGCGUGGAUAUUACCGCGUGGAUAUUACUCAUCGAUGCCAGAGAUCACGCAUUCCUGAUGCCUAAAAACAGCAAGGUGACGCAGCGCGAGCAAGGCCAUGAGCACGUCACAGAGUCGGUGGCCGACCUGCUCGGACACCAGGAUCCGUUCGACUGCAAGAGCAGCUCCCUGAGCGUUGGAGGUGGUGCUGGGAAGAAAGUGCCGCAAAUAGAGCUCCCUGAAAAUGAGGGACGGCCCGCCUGGAACAGCAAGCUGCAGUACAUCCUGGCUCAGGUGGGCUUCUCCGUAGGCCUGGGAAACGUGUGGCGCUUCCCUUACCUUUGCCAAAAGAAUGGAGGAGGUGCCUAUUUGGUUCCUUACUUUAUCCUUCUCCUCAUUAUUGGCAUCCCACUCUUUUUUCUGGAGCUGGCAGUGGGUCAGAAAAUACGACGUGGGAGCAUUGGGGUGUGGAAUUAUGUCUGUCCCCGUUUGGGUGGAAUAGGGAUGUCUAGUCUGAUGGUGUGUGGCUUUGUGGGUCUCUACUAUAACGUGAUUAUCGGCUGGAGUAUUUUCUACUUCUUCCAGUCCUUCCAGUAUCCUCUGCCAUGGAGCGACUGCCCAAUUAGGAAGAAUGGAACACUUGCUAUUGUGGAGCCAGAAUGCGACAAAAGCUCAGCUACAACCUAUUUCUGGUACCGCCAGACUCUGAACACCACCAGCACCAUUGCUGAGAGUGGUGGCCUCAACAUCAAAAUGACACUGUCUCUGCUGGUAGCCUGGAUCAUCGUCUGCCUCGCUGUCAUCAAAGGAAUCGCCUCCUCUGGGAAGGUGAUGUACUUCAGCUCUCUUUUUCCGUAUGUGGUGCUGUUCUGUUUUCUUGUGAGGGGUUUAAUGCUGAAGGGAUCAGUUGAUGGAAUCGCUCACAUGUUCACUCCUAAGCUGGAGAAGAUGCUGGAGCCCCAGGUGUGGAGGGAGGCCGCCACCCAAGUGUUCUUCGCUCUGGGCUUGGGGUUUGGAGGAGUCAUUGCUUUCUCCAGCUACAAUAAGAUAGAUAACAACUGCCACUUUGAUGCCGUGCUCGUCUCUUUUAUCAACUUCUUUACCUCCAUUCUGGCCACACUGGUGGUGUUCGCCGUGCUGGGCUUCAAGGCGAACAUCAUGAAUGAAAAGUGUGUCGCUGAGAAUACUGAGAAAAUCCUGGGUUACCUCAACUCAAAUGUCCUGAGUCAUGAUCUCAUCCCUCCACAUGUGAAUUUCUCCCACCUCACAACCACAGACUAUGCCGAGAUGUACACCGUGAUCAAGACGGUAAAAGAGGGCAGUUUCUCCCAGCUCGGGCUCGAGCCGUGUAUCCUCGAGGAUGAGCUCAACAAAGCGGUUCAGGGCACAGGUUUGGCCUUCAUAGCCUUCACAGAGGCCAUGACACAUUUCCCAGGAUCCCCGUUCUGGUCGGUUAUGUUCUUUUUCAUGCUUAUUAACCUCGGGCUGGGCAGCAUGAUUGGAACCAUGACUGGCAUCACCACACCCGUCCUGGACUCCUACAAAGUCCAGAAGGAGUUAUUCACAGUGGGUUGCUGCGUUGUGGCCUUCUUCUGCGGUUUGCUGUUUGUUCAGCGCUCAGGGAAUUACUUUGUCACCAUGUUUGAUGACUACUCCGCCGGUCUGCCCCUCACUGUUGUGGUCAUCCUUGAAAAUCUGUCAGUUGCGUGGAUCUAUGGGACAAAGAGGUUCAUGCAGGAUCUGGAGGAUAUGCUGGGCUUCCGGCCAUAUAAGAUCUAUUUUUACCUGUGGAACUAUAUCUCGCCUCUCUGUCUAAUCGUGCUCAUCUCAGCUACUAUCAUUGAGAUGGCCGUCAUUCCACCAGGAUACAACGCGUGGGUCCAAGAACUGGCACAGGAGCGCUUCCAGAGUUACCCUCCCUGGGCAUUGGCCAUGUGCUUUGCUCUCAUUGUAGUGGCCAUGCUUCCUCUGCCUCUAGUCUUUUUCGCCCGUCACUUCAGUCUGAUGUCAGAUGGCUCCAACAAGCUGUCAGUCGCCUACCGUAAAACCAUGAUGAAGGACAUUUCCAGUCUGGAAGAGCAGGAUGAGGCCAAAUUCAUCCUUGGUGCUAAACCUGGUAAUCAACCCAUGCUGGCACGAACAGCUUACCUGAGCACCGGAGGGAUCAAACCACUAGACACCAACUCCCUAUCACCAAACAGCUGCUAUGGAACAAACUACCAGAACGCUGCCAUGAGCCCCACCACGCCAACCUCACCGGUCACCCCAGAGUCUGACUCUUGACUGCUGUUCCACUAAUCUGAUAUCCAGGCCUGUAGCACAGUUUACCUAAUUAUUACCCACAAAGUCUCCACCAGGGGUCACUGUAGUGCAGAGAAACCCUCCCAUUGCUCUCCUAACUGCAAAGACUGUGCAACACCCCCAAACCCCCUAUGUAUCUGAGAAUAUGCUUUUCUGUAGCUGCCUAAGAAGGCAUCCAAAGUGUUUCCCAGUGUCUGGCUACAGAGGAACAGAAGAAAUACAAGAUUCACUUUGAAAUUCAGAUAAGAUGGACAGUGACACACUGUACACUGAUGAGCCUCACUGCUCUGUAUUUAACAUUAUUACCAGUUUUUGUGAUGAAAAUCUGUGAUCUGCUUUACUUUGCCUUAGUAUAAGUGAUUCUCAGCAGGCAUAACUUCACACCCCUGAUACAAUACACAUCCUGAUUUGCACACCGCAGGGAAUUUAAAUGAAUGUAAGAAAUCAGUGUGUAGGUGAACAUAAUGAGAACCACAGCUUCUCACUCAGUGUGGUGG